AUGGCAGUUACAAGUGCAAGGAGCAUUGUGAAUAUGAAAGAGAAAGGACACUUUGAACAUGAAAAAACUAGGAUGGACAAGUAUACGCUCGCCGACGAAUUGCCGGCGCAGCUGUCGGAACUUAAUCUCCGUCCUCGUAAAAUGGCUAUUCCAUACACCCUGAGGAGACUCACCCCCAAGGAUAGAGACGGCGUCAUUGAGUUUAUGAGAAGAUUCUUCUUUCGCGACGAGCCUUUGAACUUCACAAUCAACUUAUUGGAGACGCCAGAAUCCCGGUGUUACGAGUUAGAAGAUUACACAUCCAGCAGCCUAGCUGAUGGAGCUUCAGUGGCCGCUGUUGAUGAGAACGGAGAAUUCGUGGGAAUGGUCAUCAACGGUGUUGUUAGACGAGAGGAGGUAGAUUACACGGAUAAAUCCGAAGACUGUCCACAUCCUAAAUUCAAGAGGAUUCUCAAGCUGUUGGGACAUUUAGACCGUGAAGCGAGGAUAUGGGAUAAGCUGCCACCAAGCUGUCACACGGCUGUCGAGAUAAGGAUAGCUUCAACUCACACGGAUUGGAGAGGAAGAGGCUUAAUGAGAGUCCUCGUUGAAGAAUCAGAGCGGAUAGCUAGAGAAAUCGGCGCCGGCGCAAUGCGUAUGGAUACGACCUCGGCGUUUUCCGCGGCCGCUGCUGAGAGACUCAACUACAAAAAUGUCUACGGUUUGUUUUACUCAGACCUGCCUUACGCACCACAUCCAGACCCUCCUCAUCUUGAAGCCAGGGUCUACCUCAAGGAAUUGUAA